CGGUCUCUUUCCAUUUCCUUAAUCUCUCCGAAACACCUUCAAACCGAAUCAAGAUCAAGUUUUUUUCUCCUUCAAUUUAGCUUUCUUCCAAUCUCUCUGAACGUUUCAGACCAUCACAAUUCCGUUCAUCAUCAUCACCAUCAUCAAUCUCCGAUCACUUUUAUUCCAAACCAAACAAAUGAUGCACGAGAAAUCCGAAACCGAUUCAACAUCAACAUCCUCGGCAUCUCCGAAAUGUACUUACAUUGUCGAAAGCCCAUCAUGCGACUCACACGACGACAAAUCGUCGAUGAACAGCGCUCGCACGACUCCUGCUGAAUCGCCUUCGCAUUCGUCGCAGAUGUCGUCAGAGAGCCGAGUGUCGGGACCGUACCGGUUUUCGUUGAUUGGGAAGCAUCAAAGGAAUGUUUUGAAGAGGAAGAAAGUGUUUAGUGUGAUUGAUGAAGAGGGUGAGGAUUAUGGGGAUGAUGAUUAUUAUUAUUAUCAUGAUCGACAAGUCACGAGACAGUGUCGGUUUGUGAUGUUUUUGAUGGGGUUUGUGAUGGUUUUUACGGCUAUUUGUCUCAUCACUUGGGGUGCUAGUAGACCUUAUAAAUUUCACGUUCAAAUGAAGAGUUGGAAGAUGAACAAUUUCUAUUACGGAGAAGGAACAGAUAACACAGGAGUAUCGACCAAGUUAUUGACAAUCAAUUGUACAGUGAAGAUGAGCAUACAAAACCCGGCUACAUUUUUUGGCAUCCAUGUCUCAUCCACUGCGCUAAAUAUCUUUUAUUCACGAAUCCUCAUUGGGAGCGGUCAGUUUGUAGAUUAUUAUCAACCAAAGAAAAGCCAACAAAAUUUGUCAGUGAACAUUGAAGGUAGACAAGUUCCACUUUAUGGCGCCGGGGUUGGCAUGGUUAUGGAAAACAACGAUGGUAGCGUUCCAUUGAAGUUGGAGUUCGAGAUUCACUCACAAGCCAACUUGAUGGGGCGGUUGGUGCAGACAAAGCAUCGUCGUCGAGUAUUUUGCAUCAUGAAAAUGGACUCUCAAAACAACAAAGCUAUCGACUUUAAGCAAGAUUCGUGUUCAUAUAGUUGA